GUCAUUCCUAACCGAGUUGUUUACGAGAGAAGUAGAAGAUCGCUACUUAGUUUAGAAGUUCUUUUACUUAACUGUACAGAUAUUAAUUAUUCAUAAGUUCUGUGAUUUUGUUUAUUUCCUGUUUUUGUUGAAUUUGCAAGUGCCGAGAUAAAUUUUGUAAAUUAAUUAGUAUUGAAAAUAAAUAGAAGCAAGCCAACAUGAAGAUUCCAACAAUGUUAUCAGAACUUGAUGCUUUACCAUCAGUCCAACUUGGUGAUUAUAUCCUUAGAUUUGAGCUCGAUGAUCUGACACCAUUCAGUCAAGAAGUUGCAUUUAAGGAAUUGAGAGAGACACCAGAAAAUCGCGAAAAUGGUAUUCGGGAACUGAGAAACUUACUCUCACAAGAAACGAAUCUAACAGUUCCGCUCGAUAAUGAUGAUUGGCUAAUAAGAUUUUUGAGACCUACGAAAUAUUACUACGAGAGUGCUUUUGAGCUUAUUAAGCGGUAUUAUGCUUUCAAGAUCAAGCAUCACGAAAUUUAUCAAGCAUUAAAACCUUCAAAUGAGGAAAACAUCUUUAAAGCAAACAUCUUAUCUGUAUUUCCAAAUCGUGAUCAGCUUGGCAGAAGAAUACUUUUACUCGAACUCGGAAAAAAAUGGAACCACAAGCAAGUAACACUAGACGAAGUAUUUAAAGGAGUUGUGCUGUUUUUGGAGGCUGCUAUGCUAGAACCAGAAACACAGGUGAAUGGAGCUGUCGUGAUUUUCGAUAUGGAUGGUUUAUCUCUACAACAGGCAUGGCAAUUUACACCUCCAUUCGCAAUGAGAAUUGUUGAUUGGCUACAAGAUUCCGUACCUUUACGUAUUAAAGCUAUUCACAUCAUCAAUCAACCUAAAGUCUUUAAUAUGGUAUUUGCUUUAUUCAAGCCAUUCUUAAGAGAGAAGCUCCGCAAUAGAAUUGUCUUCCACGGAACUGAUCGUGAUUCUCUGCAUAGUCAUAUCGCACCAAAAUGCUUACCAAAGGAAUAUGAUGGAACUAUUGAUUUGCCAAGAGUUAGUGGAAAUGAAUGGUACGGAUUGCUGUUAAAAUGUGACGGAGAGUACGAUACUCUAAACAAUUAUGGCUACUUAAAGGAACGUGACGCAAAAGAAGCUAAAUCCAAAAGAAAUAAGAAGUGAAUGAUCUAAUUUUUAAAUGACUAUAAAAAAAAUUAUGUUAGAGGUUCUCUACUCUGUGAUUUAUGCUAUAAUAAUCCAGUUCUUGUAUUUUUAAUACACUUAUUUAAUUCAUUAAAGGUUGAAAUAAAGCAAUAAAAUC